AUGGCGAAGGCUGUCGUCACCGCCGCCGUCGUCGCCGUCGCCGUGGCGGCGGUGCUGGAGCUCGGGCUCGUCGGAGCAAACUUCCAGGACCAGUGUGACAUCACGUGGGAGCCGCAGAACGCCAAGAUGACGGAGGGAGGAAACCAUCUCACGCUCUCCCUUGUCAGCAACUCCUCUGGUUGUAUGCUCCGGACCAAGAAGCAGUUCAUCUACGGCAGCGUGUCCACCCGCAUCCAGCUGGUGAAGGGCAACUCGGCCGGCACCGUCACCACCUACUACACGUCGUCGAUCGGCGAGAAGCACGACGAGAUCGACUUCGAGUUCCUGGGCAACGAGACCGGGAAGCCCUACACCCUGCACACCAACGUCUUCGCGGACGGCGUCGGCAGCCGCGAGAUGCAGUUCAGGCCAUGGUUCGACCCCACCGACGGCUUCCACAACUACACCAUCUUCUGGAACCCCUGCAUGAUCGUGUGGUUCGUGGACAGCAUCCCGAUCAGGGUGUUCCGCAACCACUCGGAGGCCGGCGUGGCGUUCCCGACGCAGCGGCCGAUGUACGCCUUCUCCAGCAUCUGGGCGGCGGAGGACUGGGCCACGCAGGGCGGCCGCGUCAAGACGGACUGGACCAAGGCCCCCUUCGUCGCCGAGUACCGCGACAUCGCCCUCAGCGUCUGCGAAUGCUCCGGCUCCGGCUCCGCCGCCGGCGCCGGCGCCGACGCCGCGUCGCCGACGUGCGCGCGGGGAUGCGCGACGCCCGACCACUGGUACGCGGCGCCGGAGCUGUGCCAGCUGAGCGAGAAGCAGCUGCGGCAGAUGAAGGCGGUGCAGCUGGGCUACACCAUCUACGACUACUGCGCCGACGCCCGGGCCAAGGGCCGCCCCGUGCCGCCGGAGUGCGCCUUGAAGCAGUACUGAUCGAUCGGUUUCUUCCUGCGAGCUACCUGUCGUCGUGUUUGAUGAGUUGCUUCUUGGAAAGCCAUCCAUCUCUCUCUCUCUCUUCUUCUUCUUUUGGCUGCUCGUGUUAUUUGCUUCAUUGAUUUGAUCAUGUAUACAUUUUGUUGUUAUAUACACAACUCGCCAAGGGAUAUCUGCCUUUGCAUGGUUUUUCAAUAUGUAUUAAUACAGCAUCUAUGUAUGUAUAUCUACACUAUAUACGUAUAUAAGCACCAUUUACGAUUUAAAUUUACAAAUAUG